AUGGAGGAAUACCCUGAGUGGAUGCAUCCCGAGGAUGUUCCAUUGCGCAACGAUCUUUUGGAUGUCGAUCAGGGUCAAUAUCAGCCCGUGGGGACUGAAGACAGAACAAUAAGACAAGUUCAUGCUAAUGCGGACGACCUGAAUUCCCCGCGUUACUCUUCGAACUUUCUCUUGCCUUUGCCCAUCGACGUUCCCGAACCCUUCAGCGACUGCGAUACGCAAGGCGAUUUUUCAAUGUCGUUUGAGUCGACCUAUAUCCCCGAAUACAUCUUUUCGAACCAAGAAGCUUAUCUUGGGAACCGUGACGACGAGGGCGAACAGCUGUUACAUCAUGACACCGAUGACGAGAUUGCGAACCAAUAUUCCUACUCCCCCUUAUCGGUCCCCGUAAAUCGAACUUCUCUUGAACUCCCACAGGCUGUAACCAACACAGCGCACCUCUAUCGCAACCUCCAAGGAAGGCAUACUCAUGGCUCAUUCGAACAUAGUCAGAUGUUCCCUAAUGGCAUUGGCCAAUUUUCCAACGACUCUGUUUCGAGAAGAACCCCAAACAGUCAAUUUCCAUUCCAGCAGAGAACGUCCAGUCAACACCACUCUCAGGCCUUCGGGCGUCAAGAAUUUAACCAUAGCCAGUCCAUCUCUUGUGAAUAUUCCGCCGACACCAACACCUAUCCGAACGAAGAUCGAGUGUUCUCUUCGGUACCAGACCAUGCUUACAAUACGAUCCCAUCAAUCUCCCUAUCUGAUGAACCGUGGUCGGGUCAAACCCUUAGGCAACAAGGUGACCACGAAUAUCUUUUGAGAGAGAAGACUGACAUGUUGGUGCGUCGAUCCGCACUUGCGACUACAAGCACGGAUAGCAAUCCCGAUGCCAGAUCCAUGCCUGGAAAUGGUGCAGGGUAUUCCAUAUCAUCUUUGUACCCGACGGACGAUGACAUAAACAACUCAAGGAAGGUUAGGGACGUCUGUCGGCCAUCAGAGACACUUUUCAAUGGCUGGACGUGGUCGACAGCCAACUCCACCAAACAGAUGUCAGCUGUACUGGACAUGACUCCGGCUUUGACCGAAGUAAAUCCGGAGCCAUACCUCAACGUAGGCAGCGGAGAUUUCCAGGAUGAGAAUACCAGACACCAGCCGCAAAGGUCGCAACUCGCUAGGCAUGUCAGUCACAGCAACACCACUUACCUGUCGGUGCCUGGCCAAGAUGAUGAUUGCUCCGACCGACGGUCUGAAGCCAGUAGUACAUCGGGACCACUGUCAGAUACUAUCCUUUGCGAACAGUGCCCGUCCAUUUUCCGGGGGAAUUACCGUAACGGGAACAAAGCCAGACAUAUGCGGCUGAAACACACCAGCAAGUCCCCGGCAGUCUAUGCCUGUGAUCACUGUCCCAUUCGAAAGGCGUUCAAUCGUAAGGAUGCGCGUCUCAAACACUACAGAAAGUAUCAUCCCGAUCUUGGACUAGAGCCUGCUCGUCCCCGUAGGCUUUCGGCCAUUUCGCAAACGUCCAGCAGCUCUCGUGCAAACUCUGUGGUGCAAUGA